AUGGCGUCUUCAUCAUCUACUGCGCUGCAGAACGGUAGCCCGCCACAAUCCGCGCCCGACGCUUUGUCGCAGCGAAUACAAAUUAUUGACGACACGAAGACAUUUACGAACGACUUGAACGCACAAAUAGAACGAUGGGGACUACGAGAUGCGGGCUUCUCAUACAACGUUGUGGCCGUAUUUGGUUCACAAUCAACGGGCAAAAGUACUCUACUGAAUGGCCUUUUUGGCACUACUUUUGAUGUAAUGGACGAGUCCAAACGCCAGCAAACUACGAAAGGCAUCUGGAUGUGCCGUGGUACGGAGAUGAACGUAAUGGUGAUGGACGUAGAAGGAACGGACGGACGGGAACGCGGCGAGGACCAAGACUUCGAACGCAAAUCGGCGCUGUUUUCGCUGGCUUCGUCAGAGGUCCUCAUUGUCAACCUCUGGGAGCACCAAGUUGGUCUCUACCAAGGCGCCAACAUGGGACUCUUGAAGACAGUCUUCGAAGUCAAUCUUGGGUUGUUCGGGAAAAAGGGCCCCGAUGGAACAAAUUCCCGGACAUUGCUGCUGUUCGUCAUCCGGGAUCACAUUGGGACGACGCCGCUUGCCAACUUGGAGGCGACACUGACGCAGGAUAUUAUGAGGAUCUGGGACUCACUCGCGAAGCCGACGGAGCUCAAAGAUAGCCAACUUUCCGAUUACUUUGACUUGGCAUUCACAGCACUUCCCCACAAAUAUCUCGUUCCAGAGAAGUUCCAGGAGGCUCUGGCCGCACUGCGCAACCGCUUCGUCAGCAAAGAUGACCCCAACUUCGUGUUCAAGCCAGCAUACCACAAACGCAUCCCUGCCGAUGGUGUAGCCUUCUACAUGGAAGGCAUAUGGGAACAAGUCCAAACCAACAAGGACUUGGAUCUUCCGACCCAACAAGAACUGUUAGCUCAGUUCCGUUGCGAUGAGAUUUCUGGCGUUGCAUUGUCAGAGUUCAACGAGCAAGCGAAGUCUCAAAAGCGACCCAUAGAGUCGGGUCGUGUAGUGGAAGAUCUUGGAAAGAUGAUGAAGAGUUGGCGGACCGAGGCCCUUGCCCGCUAUGACCGAGACGCUUCGCGUUAUCACCAGGGCGUCUACAAACGAAAACGUGCAGAUCUUCUCGCAGCUCUCGACUCUACGCUCUCGCCUCUCUUCUUAGGCCAGCUAAAGAACUUGCAUAAAUCAUGCCUCGUCACUUUCAAGAAGGAUAUGUUGCAAGGCAUGACCGGAGAGGGCUACAACUUCGCUGACGUCGUUGAACAAGCGCGAGAAAAAUGCGAAGGGGACUUUGCGGCUGGUGCUAAGGAGGCGGUUGUGGAGGAGGACAGCGACUUGUGGGGUUGGGAAGAGGAGCUCGAGUUGUUGAAGGAGGAGAUACGGAGCGUGGCCAAUCAGUGUAGGAAGGACGAGACGAAGAAGAUGGUCAACCUCAUCGAGAAAACCUUCAAGAAGCAAAUUUCCGAGCCCGUGGAAUUGCAUUUGAACAAGCCUGCUCCCAAUAUGUGGGACAACAUAUUGAAGGUCUUCAAGGACACUUUGGAGAAGGCGGAAAAACAGUACCUCGCCAAGGCCAAGAGUUUCGAUUGUACAGAGGAAGAGAACGACGUUGCCCUUGCUGAUAUCCGUCAACGCGCUUGGAUGGCCCUACGCCAGAAGGUUGAUGAGCAGACCACCGACGCAGUGAUCCUCAGCAAGUUGAGGGCUCACUUCGAGGAGCGGUUCAGAUACGACGAACAUGGUGUACCAAGAGUCUGGAAGCCAGAAGAUGAUAUCGAUAGCGUGUUCAAGAAGGCGAAGGAACAGACCCUCGAAAUCGUACCCCUUUACUCGAAAAUCUCACCAGCAGACUCGGCCAACUCGUGGAUGCUCCCUCCCUCCGCUCCCUCUCUCAACUCAUCUGAAGAUGACUUUGACUUCGAAGCCUCCCUCAUCAUCUUCACCGAGACCAAGGUCAUCGACCUCACCAACAAGUUCCGUCGGGAUGCAGAUGCCUACUACGUUGAGGCGAAGCGCAGCACCGUCAGCAGCAUCGCACAGAUACCAGCGUGGAUGUUCGGUGUACUUGUGGUGCUUGGCUGGAACGAAGCGAUGUUGGUGCUGUUCAACCCAUUGUACUUCACAAUGCUCUUGGUUGGUCUUGUUUCUGCGUAUCUAAUAAUGCAACUUGGUCUGGCUGGCCCACUAUAUCAAGUGAUACGGACUGUAGCGGCUGAGGUUCAACGACAGGCAACAGCCAAGUUACGAGAGCAGUUCGCUCAACCUGCCCUCGAAGCUCCCGUGCGGUCUACCUCGGCUGCCGCAAACACAACCACACGCACAUCAAGUAGGACGGCGAACGGUGUCGCAGCAGCAGGCAACGGCGCUGCCAGAGGCCUGAGAGACACUACCGGCCUUGGUCGCGGUGGCUUCGAACCAGAAGAGCUGAGAAGGAGGAAUAUGGAAAGCAUGUAA